UGAAAUCAAUUCUCAUCUAGCAGGAAAAUAAACAGAAAUUAGUGUGUAUGAGGAGAUAAAGGAGGAAAAACCUGUCUGUGAAAUGAGUGUCUAUGAGGAGAAAGAGCAGGAGUCUUCUGUUGACAUUCAGAGAGCAGCAUCUCCAGGAUUCAGCUGUGUGUCUAUGAAGAGUAAUGACUCCAUGCGUCUGCCCCCUAAACUCAGUGAUGUUGACACUCAGAGAGCAGGGUCUUCAGGAUUUAGCUGUGUGUCUAUGAAGAGUAAUGAUUCAAUGCGUCUGCCCCCUAAACUCUAUGAUGUUGACGCUCAGAGAGCAGGGUCUCCAGGAUUUAGCUGUGUGUCUAUGAAGAGUAACGACUCCAUGCGUCUGCCCCCUAAACUCAGAGAUGUUGACGCUCAGAGAGCAGGGUCUCCAGGAUUCAGCUGUGUGUCUAUGAAGAGUAACGACUCCAUGCGUCUGCCCCCUAAACUCAGUGAUGUUGACGCUCAGAGAGCAGCGUCUCCAGGAUUCAGCUGUGUGUCUAUGAAGAGUAAUGACUCCAUGCGUCUGCCCCCUCAACUCAGUGAUGUUGAUGCUCAGAGAGCAGGGUCUCCAGGAUUCAGCUGUGUGUCUAUGAAGAGUAAUGACUCCAUGCGUCUGCCCCCUAAACUCAGUGAUGGAGCUGCUGUGACCUCUGGCCCUGGGAAUAGAAAGAGAGCCACAUCUCCAGUAUCCAGCUCUGUGUCUGUGAAGAGAAACAAAUCCAUUGGUCAGUCUCCUUAUCUCAGUGAUGAACCUGCUGUGACCUCUGACCCUGUUGCUGGGAGAGCUGACCCGAACAGAUAUGUGUUCUGUCAGACCUUCACAUCCUCCUCCAGUCAGAACCACAUCAGUCAUCAUGACACAGAAGCAGAUCUGCAGCUCGAUUCUCAUCAACCAGAGCAUGAUGAUCUUCAGAGAGUCAAAGACCAGCACAAAACCAGCAUGAAGAACAAGUAUGAGAGCGUAUUUGAGGGAGUUAAACUACAAGAGAAUCAAACCCUCCUGAACAGUAUUUACACACAGCUGUACAUCAUAGAGGGAGAGAGUGAAGGAGUGAAUGAAGAACAUGAAGUGUUACAGAUGGAGAAAAGUUACAGGACACUCCAAGACACUCCAAUCAACUGCAACGACAUCUUUAAUCCUUUACCUGAACCAGGAGAUGAGGAGAAGAGAAGAGAGAAGAAAGACACAAUAAAGACUGUUCUUACUAAAGGCAUCGCUGGAAUUGGAAAAACCGUCUCUGUGCAGAAGUUCAUUCUGGACUGGGCCGAGGGAAAAGCCAAUCAGGAUGUAGAUUUCAUGUUUGUGCUUACAUUUAGAGAACUGAACUUGAUUAAAGAUCAUCAGUACAGUCUUCACAGACUUCUGCUUGACUUUCAUCCUGAACUUCAGUAUCUGGACUCAAAGAUUUAUGAUGAAUGUAAAGUUGUGUUCAUCUUUGAUGGUCUGGAUGAAAGCAGAAUUUCACUGAUGUUUUCAGACAGUCAGAAAGUUUCUGAUGUGACUGAGAUUUCAUCAGUGGGUCUGUUGAUGUCAAACCUCCUGAGAGGAGAUCUGCUUCCCUCUGCUCUCAUCUGGAUCACCACCAGACCAGCAGCAGCCAAUCAGAUCCCCUCCAACUACAUCAACCGUGUGACAGAGAUUCAGGGAUUCAAUGACCCUCAGAAGGAGGAAUAUUUCAGGAAGAGAAUCAGUGACGAGCAUCAAGCCAGCAGAAUCAUCUCGCACAUCAGAAGAGCAAGAAGCCUCCACAUCAUGUGUCACAUACCCGUCUUCUGCUGGAUCUCAUCCACUGUGCUUCAAAACAUCCUGAAACAAGAUCUCAGUGCAGAAAUCCCUCAAACUCUGACUGAAAUGUACAUCUACUUCCUGCUCAUUCAAACAAAGAUGAGGAACCAGAAGUAUGAAGAGCGACAUCCAGAGAAACUCCUGCAGUCCAACAGAGAAGUGAUUGUGAAACUUGCUGAACUGGCUUUCAAUCAGCUGAUGAAGGGCAAUGUGAUGUUUUAUGAGGAGGACCUGAGAGAGAGCGGUAUAGACGUCACUGACGCCUCAGUGUAUUCUGGGAUCUGCACUGAGAUCUUUAGAGAGGAAUCUGUGAUUUAUCACAGGAAGGUUUACAGCUUUGUUCAUCUGAGCUUUCAGGAGUUUUUUGCAGCACUUUAUGUGUUUUUCUGCUAUUUACACAAGAACAGUGAGGUUCUGAAGAUGUUCCUGACAGGAAAGAACAGAACUCAGUGUGAGGAUGUUCCUCUGGAUGUGUUUCUGAAAGGAGCAAUGAAUAAAGCCUUAAAGAGUAAAACUGGACACCUGGAUCUCUUCCUUCGGUUUCUUCAUGGGAUCUCACUGGAGUCCAAUCAGAGACUCUUACAGGAAGUACUGAUACUCACAGAAAACAACCCAGAGAACAUCAAGAAAAUAACCCAAAACCUCAAACGAGGUCAGAAAAACAACGUCAGUCCUGACAGAUGGAUAAAUCUGUCACACUGCUUGAUUGAGAUGAAGGAUAACUCAGUUGUUGAAGAAAUGCAGGCAUUUUUAAACUCUAAUACAAAAGAAAAAAGUCUUUCUCUUGCACAAUGUUCAACUUUGGCAAACAUAAUCCUGAUGUCAGAGGAGGCGCUGGAUGAGUUUGAGCUUAAAAAAUUCACCACUAAAUCAAAAGAUGGGAGACAGAGACUGUUACCUGCUCUGAGGAACUGCAGAAAAGCUGUGUUGACAUGCUGUGAUCUCACUGAUCGAUACUGUGAAAUUGUAGCUUCAGUUUUACAAUCAUCAAACUCCCUGAGAGAGCUGGACCUGAGUAAAAAUCAUCUGCAGGAUUCAGGAGUGAAGCUGCUCUCUGCUGGACUGAAGAGUCCAAACUGUCAACUCAACAUACUGAGAUUGUCCAGCUGUAAUCUCAGUGAUCAGUGCUAUGAGAUCUUGGCUUCAGCUCUACAAUCAUCAGAUUCCUCCCCGAGAGAGCUGGACCUGAGUAACAGUGACCUGCAGGGUUCAAGAGUAGAGCACCUCUGUGCUGGACUGAAGAGUCCAAACUGUCAACUCAACAUACUGAGAUUGACUGACUGCAAGCUCACUGAUCAGUGCUGUAAACCUGUUGCUUCAGUUUUACAAUCAUCAAACUCCCUGAGAGAGCUGGACCUGAGUAACAAUCACCUGCAGGAUUCAGGAGUGGAGCUGCUCUCUGCUGGACUGAAGAGUCCAAACUGUCAACUCAACAUACUGAGGUUAUCUCAGUGUUUGGUGACAGCAGAAGGAUGUGCUGCUCUGGCAUCAGCUCUGAGUUUAAACCCAUCACACCUGAGAGAGCUGGAUCUGAGCUACAAUCACCCAGGAGAAUCAGGAGUGAAGCUACUCAGCCACCUGGAAAAACUCAAUGUGGAUCAUGGAGGAGAGAUCAUGAUCCCAUCAGGACGCCACAAAUACGCCUGUGAUCUCACACUGGAUCCAAACACAGCAAACACUCGACUCGUUCUGUCCGAGGAGAACAGAAAGGUGACGCGUGUCUCUGAGGAUCAGUCGUAUCCUGAUCAUCCCGACAGAUUUGAUCAUCGUCCUCAGGUUGUGUGUUCAGAGAGACUGACUGGACGCUGUUACUGGGAGACUGAAUGGAGCGGAGGAGUUUAUAUAUCAGUGUGUUAUAAAGAAAUCAAGAGGAAAGGAUGGAGUGACUGUUGGUUUGGAUUUAAUGAUAUCUCCUGGAGUCUUGAAUGCUCUGAUCGAGGAUUCACUGCUCUUCACAAUCAUAACUCCACUCGUAUCUCUGUUUCUCCAGACUCCUGUAAGAGAGUCGCAGUGUUUCUGGACGAGUCGAGCAGCUCUCUGUCCUUCUACAGCGUCUCUGACACACACACACUCACACACUUACACACAUUCACACACACAUUCACUCAACCUCUACUCGCUGGAUUUAACCUUCCUUAUACAAACUCUUCAGUGUCUCUGUGUCACAUUAAACACUAAACACACACACACACACACACACACACACAUACACACACACACUCACACAAACACACACACUCACACACACACACACUUACACACACUCACACACACAUUCACUCAACCUCUCUACGCUGGAUUUUACCUUUAUACAAACUCUUCAGUGUCUCUGUGUCACAUUAAACACUAAACACUCACACACACACACACACUCACACACUUACACACACACACACACACACAUUAGUACACACAGGUUGAGUGUGUAAUGACAUGAAAGUGUGUGUUUUAAUCUGAACUCCUGUGAAUGUCAUCUUCAGGAAGUUGAACAUCAGUUUCCUGUUUCUGAUCACCAUGAAGAUGUUUCAGUCACACACAAAAACAGACAAAUACACAAGUGUGUGUGUGGAAUCAGCUCAUAUUUACACUGCUCUUUCAUAUUUCUCUGACUCUAUUUUCACGAGUUCACGUCAUUGUAGUGUAAUAGAGUUCAGAAUAAAAUUACUUCUUCAUCAUCAUUAUUCAUAUUAUUAUAAUUAUCAUGUGUCUGAAACCUACAUUCAAAGAACUGCUGGAGAAAAGUGUUUAUGCAGCUGUACAUUAAAAACAUUAAUGUGAAGAA